AUGCCCGCCACUGCUACCACCGCCCCCUUCAACCGCACCGCCGACAACGGCAUCCCCCUCUUCCCCUUCUCGUACGAGAAGAACUUGGAACGCCUCCUUGCCGUUGCGACUGCCGACGGCAUCGAGCUCAAGAACGUCCUCGGCGACGGCAACUGCGCGUACCACGCUGUUGUCGAUGCCCUUGAGCACCAGCACAAUGUGCUCAUCGGCUGGACGGACUUGUGUCGUCGCGUCGGUAAUCGCCUCCGCGUCAUGAAGGCCGCGGGCCAGAUCAUGAUGCUGAGCAGUGGCUUGUGGACGGACCAGGAGUUUGAAGAGUACGUCGCCCGCGUCGAGCGCGCCGAGUUCCCCCCGGGCUGUGGCACCUCCCUGGAGUACGUCGACGAGCAGGCCUUCGUGGCCAUGAGCAUCGAGCUCCAGAUGAUCCUCCUGCUCCUCGAGCUCGCCGAGGCGGAAAAGACGGACGUGCCGGCGCCUGCUGGAUCUCGCCAGCCGGCCAUCCUGCCGGUGACCGAGUCACCUCGUGCUGAGGCGCCAAAGGUGAAGCCGUCCAAGGUGUCGCGUACAGUCGUCCAGGAGCAGAUGGGUGUUGCCGAGCUCCAGCAGGAAAUUGCCGAUCGCGUCGUGGUCGUCAACAAUAUGGAGCAGAUGGUGAAGGACGCAGACGACGCCGUCCACAAGCGCAGGCUCACAAGCAAGCUUGAGAAGCUCAAGGCGGAGCUUGUCACUUGCCAGAUGAAGCUUGCCGAGGCCCCGCGGGCGCCUCCUUCCCCAAAGCAGAAGGCGGCGGCGACUUCAGACUCCUCUGCCGCUCCAACCGCCACACCGACAUCCAAGUCGCCUGCAGCCGGCUCUGAGCUCCUCCCAAGACGACCCCUCUUCACUGCUGUGUCCGAGCUCCUCCCCGGCCCAGACGCGUCGCGUUCGCCCCAGGGGAACAAGAGGCGUCUUCAGUUCGCGGCCAUGGGACAAGAAUUUGAAUUGAUCGAUGCCGAAGACGGCUACAGUGCGAUCGCGCACUCGAUCCGGAGCCAACUUGGAAUCAAUGUUGCCUCUGACGUGGUCCGGGAUCGUGCGGCGGCUGGUUUCCGGGUCUUGCAGUCGAAGGGCGGUACUGGGGCUGUCGAUGCCAUGACGCUGAGCGUGUUGGCAAUCGCACUGAACGUUGCUACAAGCGUGCUCAGGACCGACGGAACCUUCACCUUAUUCGAUCCGUCAACGAUAGACGACUCACCGCCGCUGCACCUGGCCAUCAUCAUCGGGUAUGCCUACGGCCCCAACAAGAGCGUCUUCUGUGGUAUCAACAUCGAUUACCACGAAAUUGAGCCAACGACAACCACACACAGGACUCACCUGGAGGCCUAUGUGACCAUUGUGCGCGGCAAACACGUCAAACUCGUGGACACGGUCGAGACAUUGACCAGGGCAGUGGCCAACGCCGGUAGUGAUGCCGAACGGCAUGAUGCCACGGCCAAGCUGAACGGCGCUCAGCAAGAUUUGGCCAAUACCCUUUCCCGUCGUUCUGUGGCCGUGCGCGAGCUUGCAGACGCCAAACAGGCACAGGCGGAGAUGGACGAGCUGCGGGCAACCGCCAAGACACUGCGCGCUGAAGUUUUGGGGCAUGAGGCCGAGGUGCAGCGCUUAUGGCGCUCAUGGAGCAUAGCCCACGAGGCCAACAAGAGGCCGAUUCACGCCAACGUCCAGCAAGCCCCCCCACUCUCCCGCAAGCGUAAACGCGAGGAGGAGCCCGAGCCGGCCGACGACGACCACUCCAGCAGCAGCGAUUCGAGCCAGAGCGAUCACCCGAACGCCGCAGCGGGCCCAGCGACACCUUGGCUGCCCUUGAACUUCGACGAGAUUCUCGAUGUUCUGGUGAAACAGCUCACCAAUGUGAGACCCUUGUCGGGACGCCUGGCUGAAAUUGUCAAGUUGGAGGUGGCAGCCGGUGCUCGCCAUGGAAGCGUACCCGAGUUACACAUAUGGGAUCCGGGAUCCAGCGCAUCCUCCGCCUCGUAUCGUCCCAUUCUCGCCACUGCCUUGCUGCGGUCACCUCGAGUGUGUGCACCAGGCUGGGCUUGCACAGCAUGA